AUGGCUUUUGAAUCUGAAAAUCCCUUACAUCUCCCGAUCUUAGAUGUCUCUAAACAAUUCGAUUCGUCUUAUUUACCAUCUCUAGCCGAAGCUUGCAAAGAAUGGGGAUUUUUUCAGAUUAUCAAUCAUGGAAUAACGAAGGAGAUUUAUGCGAAAAUCUACUCUCUCUCGAACGAGAUGUUUGCUCUUCCUCCCGAGACGAUGCUCAAACUAGGCCCUUUCUCGUCGUUAAAGAGUUACACGCCUCGUUUUAUUGCCUCUCCAUUUUUCGAGAGCAUUAGAGUGUCGGGACCGGAUUUUGAUGCCUCUGUCAAGAGUUCUCUUGAUGUUCUCGGCAAACAUGAUAAGGAGUUUAGUGAAGUAUUGCAAGAAUAUGGGAGUAAAAUGAUAGAACUAUCCAAAACCAUCCUCAAAAUCCUUCUAAUGAUCCUUGGAGAUGGUUUCGAGACGAAAUAUUACGAACCCGAAUUCAAGAACUGCCAUGGGUACUUGAGGAUAAAUAACUAUACCCCUCCGAAGAACAUUCGAGAUCAAGUAGAAGAAGAAGUCGAGGGACUCGGAAUGCACACCGACAUGAGUUGCUUGACGAUCGUGUACCAAGACGAAAUCGGAGGUCUUCAAGUGAGAUCGAGAGAAGGGAAAUGGAUGGACAUUGCCCCCUGUGAAGGAACUCUAGUCGUGAAUAUAGGCGACAUGUUGCAAGCGUGGAGCAACGAACGGCUAAGAUCGUCCGAGCAUAGGGUCGUUUUGAAAAAGCCCACGAACCGUUUGUCGUUAGCUUUCUUUUGGUGCUUUGAAGACGAUAAGGUGAUACAUUCUCCCGAUGAUGUCGUCGGUCGAGACAAUGUAAAGGUUUACCGACCGUUUGUUUGUUCGGAGUAUUUGAGGUUUAGGGAGAGUAAUGAGAAGGGUAGGUUUGAGAAAGUUGGUUUUACAGUUAGGGAUUUUGCAGGAGUUUGA